GACACCAACACCGCACGCAGCUCCGCGCCCCGACCUCGGCUCCCUGCGGACAAAGGCAGCGGCUCGCGGGGCCGCCCCGAAGCCCCUUCCUCAGUCAACUAUUAAGGUGCAACUAUGCCCAAAAGAAAGGCUCCAGCUGAAGGCGAGGCGAAGGAGGAGCCAAAGAGAAGGUCGGCCAGACUAUCUGCUAAACCUGCUCCGCCUAAACCGGAGCCAAAGCCCAAAAAGGCAGCACCUAAGAAAGAAAAGGCAGCAAACGAUAAAAAGGAAGACAAAAAGGCAGCAACAAAAGGGAAGAAAGGAGCCAAAGGCAAAGACGAAACUAAACAAGAGGAUGCAAAAGAAGAAAACCACUCUGAAAAUGGAGAUACCAAAACUAAUGAGGCACCAGCUGCUGAAGCAUCUGAUGAUAAGGAAGCCAAGUCCGAGUAAUGUUAACCCUGCCCUAUAUCUCCAUCAUUUGGUAUCCGUACCUCCAUGCUGUAUUGUUAACAGAGAGGAAUAUUUUUAUCAACUAUUUUAUAAAUGCAGGUUUUUUUAGCAUGAAUUUAAUUAUGGAACAUCUUCAUCUCGGUUACUUGGGAAUUAAAUCCCUAACAAACAAAACAAAACAAAAAAAAAAUCAUUGUUUUUAAAUUUUGUGAUUGUAAUAGUUUGUAUGGUACAUGGAAAGAAUAAGUGGUGGUAGCUUUUGACUUCUGUCAGUGUGUCCCUUUUUGUGUAAGUCAUGCUUACAGACUUCAGAUUUUAAUUUUACCCUUGUAUGUGUUGUAUGGUUUCUUAAAGUGGGGAGGUCUCAAAACAGAUAACUGUGUUAAACAUUCCAGUGGUUCUGUGGGUUGCUUUUAUAAAGAAGGUGAGCUAUUUUCAUGAAAAAAAAAAAAAAAAAAAAAACCUAAGAGCUGGAAAUCUGUUGUUUUCCCAAAUGUAAUUUUAUUUUGUCGGUUUUGAAAAAUAAAUAAAUAAAUAAUAAAAAAAAAGGCGUAAUCAUGUUUUUAAAUGAAAUACGAACGUUUCUUUUAAAAGGGCAGGUCGGUUGUAUGUACCCACUGUUAGGAAUUUUGCUGGAUUUAUCUUAAUAAAAAAGACUCC